CACUUUUGAUCUUGUUGUGAAGGCUCAACUCCCCUCUUUUAUUGCCGAGUCCAAUUGCAUCAUUUACUAUGACUUGCAUCUCUCUCUCCCUCCCUAGUCUCCAUAUCUUUCUCUCUCUCUCAUUCCAUUGAAAUUGAUGGCAAGAGGGGGUGGACUCUCCAUUGAUUCAGAUCCAAUUGGGAGCUUCCUCCCCCACGAGCCAAUAGUCUUAAACUCCUUCCCUGAAGACAACAAAGACAACAACAGUCGCCAACAACACAAGUGGAAACUUGGUACAAACAUGGAUGCCACUGUUAGCAGAAAGAGUUCUCCAUCAUCCACUUCUAACACUAACACCACCAUCCCCUUCCAAGACCACCUUACCUCUGAUGACAAGAUGCCUCACCUCGACGAGAUGAACUUCUUCCCCAACAAAAGCAACAAGGAUGAUGACGAUGACAACAACCUUGCCUCUGCCUCCACCUCUACACCUCCCUCCCUUGACCACCUUCAUCACACACAUGAUCAUUCCUCCGCUAUCUUGGGAUUGAAAGUAAACACUGGUUUGAAUCUUCUUACUACCAAUGCAAGCAGUGAUCAAUCUAUGGUGGUGGACGAUGACAUAUCCCCUAAUUCAGGAGACAAACGAGCUAAGAGUGAGAUGGUUGUUCUUCAAGUUGAGCUUGAGAGAAUGAAGGUGGAGAAUCAUAGGCUGAAGAACAUGCUUGAUCAGGUUAACAACAAUUACAAUGCCUUGCAGACGCAUUUGGUGAGUUUGAUGAAGGACCAGAUGGACAAGGAGGAUGAUAAACAACAACCGCAUCAAGUGUUUGAUGGAAAACUAGAAGAGAAGCAAGCUGGGAAUGGUGGUGGAGCCUUGGUGCCAAGACAAUUUAUGGAUCUUGGAUUGGCCACUAAUGCUGACACCAAUGAAACUUCGCAUUCCCAUUCUUCGUCCGUGAUAAGAAGUCAGGAUUCACCACCAACAAAUAAUACAGAGGUGGCAUCCAAGAAGAAUGGGGGUGCUAGUGAUGAAGGACUAGUGUUUGAUCAAGACAAGAAGGAAUUUGGUAGGGGAAUUGAAAGAGAGGAUAGUCCCUCGGAUCAAGGGGUAGCUGCUAAUAACAAUGUUCCAAAGUUUAGUCCUCCAAGAAAUGUUGAUCAAGCUGAGGCCACCAUGAGGAAGGCUAGAGUUUCUGUUAGAGCUCGAUCAGAGGCACCUAUGAUAACUGAUGGGUGUCAAUGGCGAAAGUAUGGGCAGAAGAUGGCCAAAGGAAACCCAUGUCCUCGUGCAUAUUAUAGAUGUACCAUGGCAGCAGGUUGCCCAGUGAGAAAACAGGUGCAAAGGUGUGCUGAAGACAGAACAAUACUGAUCACAACAUAUGAAGGGAAUCACAACCACCCUUUGCCUCCAGCAGCUAUGGCAAUGGCACAAACCACUUCCUCGGCAGCAAGAAUGCUGCUUUCAGGAUCAAUGUCAAGUGCUGAUGGCCUAAUGAAUGCAAGCUUCCUCACAAGGACACUCCUCCCUUGCUCUUCUAGCAUGGCAACUAUCUCAGCCUCAGCUCCAUUCCCAACUGUUACAUUGGACUUGACUCAGUCUCCAAAUCCAUUGCAGUUCCCAAAGCAACCAAGCCAAUUCCAAAUCCCCUUCCCUGGUGUCCCUCAGAACUUUGCCAAUUCACAAGCCUCAUUGCUGCCUCAGAUAUUUGGUCAGGCACUUUAUAACCAAUCCAAGUUUUCUGGCCUUCAAAUGUCUCAAGAUUCAGACCCUUCCCAAUUGAGUAAUCAAUCUCAAAGGCCACCACCACACCUUGCUGACACAGUUAGUGCUGCCAUUGCAGCUGAUCCAAACUUCACUGCAGCUUUGGCAGCAGCCAUCACUUCCAUUAUUGGGGGUGCACAGCCAAACAACAAUAGUACUACCAGUACUAAUUAUAAUGGCACCACAUCGACCAACACCAGCAAUGGCAAUAUUACAUCAAGCAACAACAAAUAAAAUCAACAAUUAUUCCAAUUUCUCAUGGAAAUUGAACUAGUCAUAGUUUUGUUUUAUUGUUCACAUGUUACUCUAUUCCAAUUUUUCUUCCCUUUAAUCUUUUGCUAGAUUAAUUUGAUUUUUCCCCCUGUCAAUUGAGCUCAAAAUUUAAGUUGAGCUGAAUACUGUUUUUCUCUUUUACAUUUGUUCGACUCAGGAUAUAUUAUUAUAAGAAGGAUAGUUGAUAUUCUUUUUUUUA